GCCGAAUCUACAUAGCUAUUAGCAGAACUUUAGAUUUUUGCCGUUUUAUCGUGGAAUAUGAUCUAUAGAUUUGAAUACAGUUGAAGUGACAAUUUGAAUCACUAUUAUACGACAUCUUUGUUAGAAACAAUGAACAUCUACGCAUGCAGCAGCUGCUCAGCACUUUCGAAUGUAAACAAUGCCAACACGCGGGUUCAAUUGAAAUUGAAAUGAAUAUAGACGAUGGCCGAUGGAACCAGCACUAAAACCAGCACCAUACGCCUGGGAAUGUGCGAGGUGUGCGCCGCAAAGGAAGCCCGCUACGCGUGUCCCAAAUGCGAGGUGAAAACGUGCAGCCUGCCCUGCGUCCAGAUCCACAAGAAGGAGCUCAACUGCGAUGGCCAGCGGGAUCGCACCAAGUUCGUGCCCCUGAGCGAGAUGACACCGCGGGAAUUCAUGAGUGACUACUGCUUCUUGGAGGAGUGCACACGCUACGCAGAGAAUCGGAAAACCGAUCCGAGCAAGCGAUUUACCCACGACCAAAGGAAUCUUCCGGUCACACAGCAUCGCAUGCGGACGGCGGCCAAGAGGCGCAACAUUAACCUGCGCCUGCAGCUGGCAAAUUUCAGUCGGCACAAGGAGAACACCACGUAUCUUAACUGGAAACUGGGACGAUUCUAUUGGCGUGUGGAGUGGCUGUUUGCAAACAUACCUCACGAGGCAAACCUUGCCCGCAAUGUCGCCCGCUUCGUGGACGAGCGAUGUGAUGAGGAGGUCACGCUGUCCGAUCUGGUAGCCAAGUACUUGGAUCUGGAGCAGGAGACGGCGCGGGAUCAGCGCAAAUUGCUGGCAAACCAUCAAACUGCCGGCAUUGGCCAGCUGAGUUUUUGGCUAAGAGCGGAGGGCGUGCGUCGCAGCUGUACAAGGUGUUAUCUCCUGGAGGCGACCAAAACGCUGGGCGAGAAUCUAGCCGGCAAAACCAUCGUGGAGUUUCCCACCAUUUUCGUUACGCACGAACCGAAACCACCUGGUGGAUAUGAAGCCAUCGACAGCAGUGAAGAAUUCGAGGAAGAGCAGGAGGAGCUGCCCAUAACCAAACCAGGACCAUCCUCCAAAGCAAUUGCGCAGGACUUGGAUGAUUCACAUGAUGUGUACCAUGAUCUGGCUGCCGCCUUCGCCGGUGAAGAUGUCAGUGAAACCGAAGACGACGAAGAAUUCGAGGCACUCUACAGAGAACGUGUUGAGCUGUAGAAACAAAGAAUCACCCGCUAAACACGCUCCAUUGUAAAUAAGACAAUUAGCUAUUAAAUUUUACAUAAGUUCUGUA